AUGUUCAAAGCCAUUACUACUGGCCUAAGAAAUUCAAAUAAAAAUUCAAAUUCAAUUAUCAGUGGUAAAACUUUGAAAAACAGGAAAACUAGAAUUGUAUCCUUUUUUGCUGUUCCUGCCAUUGCUUUUACAAUUUUAAAAUACUCAACAAUGACAAAUUCUUCGUUAUUAAUUGCUCCUCAACCUGCUCCUACUUGGAAUUGGACCCCUGAGGGUAUUGUUAAGGAUGCGGAAUCUCUAAUUAAAGAUUCUAAUCGUAUCUUUGAUAAUUUGGCAGCCAUCAGUAGUCCUACGGUCGAAAACUUUAUUGUCCCUUACAUGAACCAUGAAAAUAAAGUUAGUCCAUUGAUUAACCAAUUGACCUUUUUACAACAUGUCUCUGCUGAUAAGGAUAUUAGAGAUUCUUCCAUGAAGGCCACUGAACUGAUUCAAAAUUUUGAAAUUGAAGCUUCUUUAAGAAAAGAUUUAUUCAUUCAAUUUGAUAAGAUUUGGACUGAUGUUAAGGAUAAUUCAGAAUUUAAUGAAAAAUCCGACUCUAAGAACUACGAAUCAUAUAGAUUUAUUGAAAAAUGUCACAAAGAUUUCAUUCGUUCAGGUUUGAACUUAUCUGAUGAGAAAAGAGAAAUUGUGAAAGAUAUUCAAAAGAAGAUUGCCUCCAAUUCUUUAAAUUUCUCCAAGAAUUUAGGUGAACAAAAGGAAUUCAUUGCCUUCACUAAAGAAGAAUUAGAUGGUGUUUCUGAUGCCGUCAUGGAACAAUUCGAGAAAUUUAAAGAUGAAAAAACUGGGGAAGAAAAGUUUAAGGUCACUUUUAAAUAUCCAGAUAUUCUACCAGUUUUAAAAUCUGCUAAAAACCCAAAUACAAGAAAGUUGGCCUUCAAUGCUGAUCAGAAUAAAGUUCCUGAAAAUGAAGCCCUUUUUGUUGAUACUUUGAAAUUAAGAAAUGAUUUAUCCACUGUCUUAGAUUAUUCAAAUUAUGCAAACUAUAAUUUGGAAAUGAAAAUGGCCAAAAACGAAGAAACUGUAUUCAAUUUCUUAGAUGAUUUGAAGACAAAGCUAAGACCACUGGGUUUAAAAGAAAUUGAAAUUUUAAAACAAUUAAAAGAAAAAGAUAUGAAAGAAUUGAACCUACCUUAUGACAACCAUUAUUAUAUCUGGGACCAUCGUUAUUAUGAUAACAAGUAUUUGAAGGAUAAUUUUAAUGUCGAUUUAGAAAAAAUUUCAGAAUAUUACCCUAUCGAAUCUUCCAUCGAUGGUAUGUUGAAGAUUUAUGAAACUGUCAUGAAAUUAAAAUUUGUUGAAGAAACUGAUCCUGCAAAGAGAAAUGUCUGGCAUGAAGAUGUCAAACAAUUGUCUGUAUGGAAAAUGGAUAAUCCAGAUGCUCCAGAAUUUAUUGGUUGGAUUUACUUCGAUUUACAUCCAAGAGAUGGUAAAUAUGGUCAUGCUGCCAAUUUUGGUAUUUCAUCAUCUUAUGUAGAUGAAAAUGAUAAAAGAUCAUACCCAGUCACCGCUUUAGUUUGUAAUUUUUCUAAACCUACUUCUGACAAGCCAUCAUUAUUGAAGCAUAAUGAGUUGACUACAUUUUUCCAUGAGUUGGGACACGGUAUCCAUGAUUUGGUAGGUGCCAACAGAUGCUCGAGACUGAAUGGUCCAGGAUCUGUUCCAUGGGAUUUUGUCGAAGCCCCAUCACAAAUGUUAGAAUUCUGGACUUGGAACAAGAACGAAUUGAUUUCAUUAUCCAAGCAUUACAAGACUGGUGAAAAGAUUCCUGAAUCAUUAAUUGAGUCAUUGGUUUCUACCAAGCAUGUUAAUGGAGCAUUAUUUGCAUUAAGACAAUUACAUUUUAGUACGUUUGACAUGGAAGUUCAUACUGCGGAAGAUGUUAGCAAAUUAAAUCUAUUAGAAUUGUGGAAUGGAUUAAGAGAACAAAUUUGUUUGGUUGAGAAUGGUGAUGAGAUGAGCAAAGGCUAUGACUCUUUUGGACAUAUUAUGUCCGGUGCAUAUUCUGCAGGUUACUAUGGAUAUAUGUGGGCGGAAGUAUUCGCUACCGAUAUGUAUUAUACUAAAUUUGCAGCUGAUCCAUUAAACAGCAAGAGUGGUGUCGAAUACAGAGAUAUUAUUUUAUCUCGUGGAGGUAUCUAUGAAGUUAAUGAUAAUUUGGAAGAAUUUUUGGGUAGAGAACCUAAUAAUUCAGCAUUCUUGAAAGAGAUGGGUUUGAAUUGA